AUGCAUUGCUUUUGCAGCCUAGAGGAGUUUGAGAAACGUGAGCGUCAUGCUCGUGAACGUGCAGCUGCUGAGAAUGAGCUAGAAGGUUACGCGUUCGAAGUGAGUCAGCUAGUGGAAGAAGAUGAUUACGUCAAGCAUUCCACUGAGGAGGAGAGGAGCAAGCUGCUGCAAGAGUCGAAGCGCAUACGAAGUUGGUUAGAAGACGAAGUAACCCCGAACACUGAGACUGGCGAUUUUACGAAGAAUCAUGCCAUUUUAGUGGCACUGGUACGACCAAUAAAGAAGAGGAUUGAUGAAGGAAAAACACUCCCGCCUGCGUUGGCGAACCUGGAGUCGAUGUUGAAUUCGUCGCGUGUCAUGGCCAGCAUGGGCGGUGACGACGAGAAAUCGUUGUUCAACAAGUCCGAUGCUGAUGCGUUCAGCAAGAAGCUGGAUAGACUGACGACUUGGUUGGAAGGAAAGAAGGCAGAACAAGAGAAGAGACAACCCUAUGAAGAUCCAGCAUUGAUGACAAGUGAAGUGUAUGCCAAGUUGAAAUCAUUGGAUCGCGAGUUGAACUCGUUCAUGAAGAAAAUGAAACAGACGAAGCUUAAAGAUGUUGAAGAACGUAUGAAGAAUGAUUCUAAGAAGGAUGACAAAUCAGAGAAAGAAGAAAAUGCUACAACAGCUGAGAAAGCUGAGCAGUCUACAACAACUGAAAAAGAUGGCACUACGGAAGAAAUAAAGAAGGAUGCCCAAAAAGAUGGUCAACCACUUGAUGCCGCAGAGGAAGCGCCAAAAGUUGAGAAAGAAGGCGUCAAGGAAACCGAAGAUGCAAAGUCUCAAGCAACCGACGAUCCGGAUGCAAAGGUUGAUAAAGUGGAACUGUAG